AUGCACACACUGUCCCACCAUGCUGCCUCGCGCACCCGGGUUCACCGCCACCAGCCAUACUCCCGCCCACCAAUCGUACCUCGAAUCAUUUGCACAACAUCCCACGGCGCCUCGCUGUGCACCCAGGCCUCCAUCGCCACCCUUGCCAUCACCCCUGAACAAGCGCGAGCCGCGCGCAACCAACUUACCUUUGGCCUUGUCGACGUUGCAGUAUAUAUGCUCGGCAACAUAUGGCUAACCCACACCAUACCAGCCGUCUUCGCAACGCAUGUAUCAAAACACGUCCGUAGCGCCCAUGUUUCCGGCCCGUUCGUCUCACCUGUCUAUCCCCACCCACCGCCGUCAUCCACGCGUCUUCCCUCACCCCCGGCUACCCCCGACGACGACGGCACUGCUGGGGACGCCUUCGAUGAGCACGAUGAAGCAACAAACACAGCCAAUCUUCGUGGCUUUGUCAUCGAGGUCCUCAAACGCUCGAGGACAACUACCUGGGCGUUACAGUCAGCUCUUUGCUACAUCACAGCAGUCCGGGCCAAGGUCGCGGAGCUUACCGCCGCGGAAGCCGCUGGUUGCGGAUACUGUGAAGCCGAUCAGUCCGACCGCAUCGUGCUCGCCGCUGAUAUCGGCUUUGUCGAAGAGUACGCCGAAGACGUGGGCGUGUCGCCUCUGCCUACCCGCGAGACACGCGCGACUCCUGUCGAGCUCUGGCAGCCUGGUCAGCCCGGCGAUAAGCUGCGUACCGAAACAUUAACGCUGCCGCCGGUACCGAAUCUCCCAUCUCCCUUACUUGACCCACGCCGCACCUUCAUCGCAGCCUUGAUUCUCGCGAGCAAGUUCUCACAAGACAAAUGCUACUCGAACCGUGCGUGGGCCAAGCUAGCAGGACUUCCGCCGCGCGAAAUCGGCCGUUGCGAGCGUGCGCUCGGCGACGCUCUGGGUUGGCGCUUAUGGGUCGGCAAGGCUUCGACGUAG